AUGAAUCAAUUUCGGAAGCACAAUGCCUUCCAUCCUAAACUCAUUCUUAUGAGACGCCUCUCGCAAAGCAGUGUUGUAGAACCUACAAAUGCUGUAAAUAUCUUAUCUGCGAUUUGCGCAGUAGCAUUUAUAUUGUAUUUGCCUGCUAGAAUCUGGCAGCUGCGUAUUUCUCGCGCGAAAAAUGCCUUAAGAUGGCAAGGACGCUCAAAAGCGGCUCUUGGAAUAUUACUCUCCUUUAUUCUGUUGAUAUAUGCUGUCACCGUACAUGUGGAGCAUGAAAUCAUUCUCGUUAUCUCUCUGCUGGCUUCGUCGGGUGCUGCAUUUGGUUUGAGUCUGCUUUUGGUACUUGAGCAACAGCGAUCUCUGAGACCGUCAGACUUAGCCAUUCUGUACCUUGUACCAUCAAUCAUAUGCGAUGUGCUUCUUCUUACCAUGCCGUCGAAAAUCCAGGCUGUAUCUAGAGCUUCACGUCCAAUACUUGCUCGGUGUCUCAUACACUCAACCCUUUUCGUAUUUGAGAUUUGUGAUAAACGCCCUUCGGCUAGCAGCUCCAGCAAUCUCCGAUCCCCAGAAGAAUCACGUAGCGUGUUAGACAGGGUAUUGUACACCUGGAUAAACCCCAUCUUGCUUCAAGGAUAUACAAAUAUUCUUGUCGAUCAAGAUUUACCGCGUCUCAGCCGAGAUAUGAAGCCAGAGUUUACAAGGAAGGCAAUGCUUCAAACAUGGUCUCGUCGAGCCAAGCCCGAUACGAAGAACAGCCUACCUCUGACAUUGAUGAAAUGCCUGAAGCAACCAUUUUUUGCUGCUGUCAUACCCCGACUAUUCUUGAUCGCCUUCCGCUAUUCUCAACCUACCCUAAUAAAAGAGUCCAUUAAGUACGUUGUAGCAUAUCCUGCCACGGAAGAUAGCAGCCAGGGAUUUUGGCUUGUUGUAUCAGCCAUGGCUAUUUAUGUUGGCCUAGCUCUAUCAACAGCUGUGUACCAACACCGCAUAAACAGACUGAAACUUAUGACCAGAGGAGCCCUUGUGGGAUUGAUUCAUGCAAAGACUAUGGAAUCGCCCAGCAUUGCUUAUGAUAAUGGCGAGGCAACCACACUCAUGAGUACGGAUGCAGAUAGUCUUGAUGGGAUUGCCGAAAUGGUUCACGAAACAUGGGCUCAAGUCAUUGAAGUCCUGAUUGGUAUAAGGCUUCUCGCUAUUCAAGUUGGUUGGAUCUGGUCUUUACCGCUUUUUCUGAUUUAUUUAUGUUCACACAUGAGCCGAUUUGUUGCGAAGCAUUUACAACCUCACCAAAAAGCUUGGAAUUCGGCGACGCAAAGUCGUAUAGCAGCUACGAGUUCAUUUAUAAGUGCCAUGAAAGUUGUCAAGAUGAUUGGAUUCCAACAUAACCUUAACUACCGAGUGCAGCAACUUCGAAAAGAGGAGCUCUGGGUGGCUUCGAAACUUCGAUGGGUUAUGGUAUAUUACAAUGCAUCUGCUAACGCACUGGGGAUAUUUUCUCCGGCAAUUACGCUAGCCAUAUUUGCUGUUAUAUCACAAGCUUAUGGUAUCAAGUUCGAUACAACUACUGCAUUUCCAACCAUGGCAAUUUUGAGUAUGGUUACCCACCCAGCAAACAUGGUCAUGACUAUCGUGCCGCGUGCAGUGGCGGCUUUUGCUGGAUUUGAAAGAAUUCAAUCAUUCUUGCUCCGUCCAUCCUUACAAGACAAUCGUGGAACAUUACCUAGACCCACUCAAGGUGAACUGGCGUGGAACCCAGCAGCCGGUCAUCUCACAAAACCUAAUCCCGCAGUUCAAAUCCAUCAGCUGAGAGUCGGUAAUAAGCAGAUAAUUCUUGACAAUAUAAACAUUGGAGUACGCGCCACGUCGUUCGUUAUAAUCUCAGGCCCUACGGGUAGCGGCAAAUCGACUUUAUUGCGCACUAUAAUUGGAGAAGUGAUACCUGCUGCUGGAUCAAUUACUCUAUCAACAAGAAAGAUAGCAUACUGUGCACAAAGACCCUGGCUACCCAGUGGUACCAUUAAAGAGGUUAUUUAUGGUGCUAAGGAUAUUGACAGUGCUAUAACGCACGAUAAUGAGAAAUGGUAUGAUACCGUAGCAGAAAUAUGCUGUCUCACUCAUGACUUCGAUACCCUACCUGAUGGAGAUCAGACACAGAUUGGCAGCAGAGGUCUUAAUUUGUCUGGAGGCCAAAGACAGCGUGUGACACUAGCACGAGCGUUAUUUGCCAGAUCGGAUAUGCUUCUGCUGGAUGAUACUUUUAGUGGACUAGACGGGGAUACAGAGCAAACUAUCUUUGAUAAUUUAUUCGGAUAUACAGGCCUAAUGCGGCGAUUGAAGACUACUGUCAUCCUAGUAUCUAACUCUUCUCAAUACUUCCAAUCAGCAGAUCAUGUCGUUGUUUUGGGAGACAAUGGGAUUAUAGAUCAAGGGAACUGGCAAAGUAUUAAAAUUAAAGCUGGAUCUAUAGCAAAGUUCUCUUCUGGAAGCCAUACCAAAGAUAAUGCUACGGUUUCGGCAGCCUUUGCUAAACUUAGCGCCCAGGUUCGAGCAAAAGACGAAGCUGAAAUUGACCUUGCAAGACAGAGUGGAGACCCGGCUCUAUAUGGAUACUAUCUAAAGUUUGUUGAAUCGAAAAACCUUUUUCUUCUUAUUGCUUAUACAGCGUCAUAUGCUUUCUUCAUCACCAUACCUCAAUACUACCUACAGUUAUGGACCGAUUCAAGUGGUGGAGAUACUGUGUUUUAUGUCUCUGGAUUUCUAUUUCUAUCUUUUAUGUCGUGGAUCACAACGAGUUUCCAGAUGUGGGCAGUUCUCAUACGAUUAGCGCCGCAAUCUGGAUCCCGCUUACACGAACGGCUUCUACAUAUCGUAACGAGUGCACCAUUGUCAUAUUUUUCCCAAACCGGAAAUGGUUCGAUUUUAAAUAGAUUUAGUCAAGACAUCCAGCUCGUGGACAAGCAACUACCACCGGCCCUUCAGACUAUUAUAACUCAAACCUUCAAGCUCUUGAUGCAAGUCAUACUUCUUUUCAUCGCCCAGAAAUGGCUCGUAGUGUGCCUACCAGCCUGUAUACUUGUAGUCUACGUCGUCCAGAAAGUCUAUCUCCGUACCUCUAGACAACUUCGGUUUCUGGAGCUAGAGGCCAGGGCUGGGGUUUUCUCGAGCUUCUUAGAAUCUGUUGAGGGCCUCGAAACAAUACGCUCGUUUGGUUGGUCAAAUACAAUAAUACAGGAUAACAUUAUAAGUUUGGACAAUGCCCAGCGUCCCGAAUUUCUCCUCCUGUGUCUUCAGAGAUGGCUCAAUGUCGUCUUGGAUCUACUAGCAGCUGCUGUUGCAACCAGUGUUAUUGCUAUAGCUAUAGCAUAUCGAGAUCGGGUUAGUGGUGCACAAGUUGGAAUCGCCCUCAAUAUUAUGCUCGUGGCAAAUACAACCUUGAUAAAACUCGUAGAGAGUUGGACGGCAUUAGAAAUUUCUCUCGGAGCCAUUGCUCGUUUGAGGACACUUGAAAAGAUGACACCAUUUGAGGGUGGCAUGACCUGGAACUUGGAGCCCGCAGAGUCCUGGCCUUCUAGAGGGGAUAUCGAAUUUAAGAAUAUUACUGCAUCUUAUAUAUCCGAUUCAAUGGCUCUCCGAAAUCUGAGCUUAAAUAUCAUCUCAGGCCAGAAAAUUAUCGUCUGCGGACGUACAGGCAGUGGCAAAAGCACCCUACUAUUGACGCUUCUACGGCUUCUCGAGUUGCAAUCCGGCCAGAUUGUGCUAGACGGCAUUGACAUCAAGAAAGUUGGGCUUGAUAUUCUCCGACAACGCUGCUUCAUCACUGUAUCGCAAGAUCCUCUACUGCUGUUCAACGAGUCAUUGCGUUUUAAUUUGGACCCAGAUGCUGCACUAUCGAAUGAGGCUUUAAUUGCCUCGUUAGAUAGAACAGAACUCUGGGAACACUUCAAGCAAGGGUCGGCUGGAAUGAACGAAAUAUUAGAGACUGAAUCAGGACUUUCUAUUGAUAAUUUGCCUUACAACCAACAUCCAAUUUUGGACAUGAACCUUUCAAUGUUGUCAGAACUUUCUGUAGGGCAAGGCCAGCUACUUGCACUCUGCCGGGCGCUUGUCAAAGCUCAAACAGCUCAGCGUUCUGGUCGAAAACCUGUCGUUCUUUUAGACGAAGUUACUUCUUCUCUUGACCCUGGUACAGAGUCAGUCAUACACGGUAUCAUUGACGAUGAGUUUACUCAGAAGGGGCAUACUGUUAUAUGUGUUGCUCAUAGGAUUGAGGUGUUAGCAAAGCACACAGAACCUGGAAGAGAUGUCGUUGUAUUGCUGGGAGAUGGUCGAUUGCAGGAAGUCUUCACAGAUUUGAAUCUGGCGAUGUUAGCAAAACUUGAGAGAUUCAAUUGA